AUGGUAGUGGGUUUGCUCGAUCUACCAAGCCAUGGCAGCCUCCGUGGUUCACAAGUCGGCCGUGGCCUGAACGUGGACAAACAUAGGCGUUCUCGGGGUAAGAAUCUUUUGGAAGAUUACUUUAUCCCAAAUUAUGUGUACUCUAAUGUUGAUUUUCGAGGGCGAUAUAGAAUGCAACCCCAUUUGUUUAAUGAAAUCAUGCAUGAUGUAUACAAUUACGAUGCAGACUUCGUUCAGAAGUGUGCUGCUGCUGGGAUUUUGGGGCGUCUUCUAGAGCAAAAGCUUAUAGCUGUUAUACGAAUGCUGGCGUAUGGUUCAUAUGCUGAUCAGGUGGAUAAGAUUGCUAGGAUGGGGAAGUCCACUACUCUAGAGAGCUUGGUCAGAUUCUGUGAUGCAAUUGAAACUCUCUACACCAGGGACUACCUCCGUAAACCUACACCUGGGGACCUCCAAAGGUUUCUAUAG